AUCGUAAGGAAGAACGUAGUCUUGUAAUUAAUCCUUCGGCUAUACCCGGUCAACCCACUGGUCCAACUUCAAGUAUUAUGUCAUUUAAUCCACCGAUAAGUAUACGGACUCUUGUAGGUCAUUGUACUUCUCCGGCACAUCAACUUAGAGAUCAUGCUGGUCAACCUUUCGCUACUCAGGGAAUUAAAAUUACAAUUCGUAAAGAUUUUCGUUAUCAAAAAACCAGUAAUGAUGAAUUACAAGAUGAUGAAUCAUCAUUAAAUCAAACAAACGUUACACCCGACAAUCACAAGGAUGAAUCUUCCGAUACCGAUUCGAUUCAGGAAAUAAUAAAACAAAUAGUUUAA